GCUGGUGGUUGGACGUGUAGUACUUGAGCUCCUUACUGCUGAGCCUCUGCCAUCCUUACAAUGGGCUAAAUUUGACGGACAACCAGGAGAUUGGAUCCUGGUUGUAGAACUAAUUCAGACUGCAGACUUCUGGGCUGUGUGUCCAGUCCGUUUUUCCAGAUAAUCGCAAGAAACCUGGGAAUUCAUUUGUUCUUUCAAGAUAAAUCAGAAGAUUACUCAAAUGAGUGCUAGAAAGCAAGGGCCUCAGUUGCGUGGCCAGCAUUUUGCUGAAGGUGAUGACUUCAUGAGUCUGACACCAAGCCGCAGGCGGGUCACAAAGGUGACAGAUGGCUCCUCAGGAAAGAAGUCACCUGAGCCGAGAACUCUUCAGUCAUCUCUUCCAAGAAGACCACAGGACCGUCCAGCCACAAAACGUGGCUUUGUGGAGAAAGGUCGCGCGGAUGAGAAAACCUGCACAGCAGAGAACAAGCCGUCCACCGAGAAGCAUCACAUUGCAGAAAAAAGAUGCACUGCUAGGAUGAACUACGUUAUGCAGGACACCAAAUUGCCUGACAUGCUUCUGAUAGACGAUGACUCUUGUGAUGAUGAAGAAUGUCCUGCUACAGAGAAAGGACCCAGUGACAGAAAGCACCAGUUCAAGAAGCAACUCUCUGGGAGGAGGCACUGCUUUUUGGAGAAAAGUUGCUCAUUCGAAAGGCAUCUCUCGGCUGAGAAAGAUCUCCCUACACAGAGAGGUUGCCUUAACAAAAAAGGAUGUCUUACAGAAAAAGAUCGUUCUACAGAGGAAGGUGGUUUGGGGGAGAGAGGUCCCUAUGAAGAGAGAGGCCACCCUACUGAGGGAGGUCAUCCUGCAAAGAAAGGUCUUUCUACUAAGAAGAGUCCAUCAUCUACGAAAGAUUACUUGGAUGAGAGAGGCCCCUCUAUGGAAAACCACCACCCUGAAGAGAAAGACCCCUCAGCCAAGAAACUUAGCUCUACACAGAGAGAUCUCCAGAUAGAUGGAGAGCAUUCUGUAGGGAGAGGUCUGCCUGCCAUCAAAAGUCAACCUGCAAAGAAGGGUUGGUCAGCAAACAAGAGUGGAUCUGCAGGGAGAGGUCACCGCAUCAAAAGCCACCCUGCAAAGGAGGGUCGCUCAGCCGAAUGUGUUAACAAGGCACAGAGCAGACCCUUUGCAGGUGAAGAUACACCUACAUUGAGAGGUAGCCACAUCCAAAGGUGUCCUGCAGAGCAGGGUCGCUCAGUGGAAAGAGCUACCACUGUGAAGAAAAGAACUUCCACAGCGAAAGCUCACCCCACAGGGAGAAGUCGACCUCAGAAGAAAAGCAGUCCUGCAGAGGAGGGUCAGUCAACAGACAGGGGUGCAUUUGCAGGGGAAAAUCUCCCCACAGGAAGAGGUAGGCUCUCAAAGAAAAGCCCCUGUGCAAAGAAAGAUCUAUCUACCGAGAGCAGUUGCCCUCCCAAAAAGAGCCAUCCUGAAGAGAAAGACCUGUCUUCCAAAAGAAUCUCCUCCACAGAGAAAUUUCACUCUGAGGAGAGACGCCACCUUGUUAAGAAAACGAGACAGCUCUCUGCCAAGAAAGGGAGCAUGGGAAAGAAAUUUGGUUCUGGUGAAAGUGUUGAUAUUCAAGACAGCUAUACUCGUGAGGAAAGUAGCACAGGAGAGAAUGGGUGCUCUGUGGAGGAAGGUCAUCCCUCCAUGGAGAAAGGCUUUCCUGUAGAAACACCCUCUUCAGGAUCUGUGCCUGCAGUGCCAGCGCCAAAGAGCACACAGGAUGCUCCAGAAAGCAGCAUUGGCAAUGCUACCAGCCAAGUACCCCAGGUCACUCACCAGAAUGUGGCUGGGGCUGUCACCACUGGUCAACCUAUGCAGGCAGUGAAUAUGAGAAUGGGAGUCAAAUUGAAGUUGCCUGAAGAACUAAAAGAAUGCCUUGUUGAUGACUGGAACUUGAUAAACACGUACAACCUGUUAUUCCAACUCCCUGCUGACAUUAAUGUAGAUUGUAUUCUAGCAAACUAUGUCGCCUUCGUGAAAUCACAGGGAAAGUCUGAUAGUAGAGACUAUUAUGUUGAUGAACUUGUGUAUGGAAUAAGAGAGUAUUUCAACAUGAUGCUGGGCAACCAGCUGCUCUACCAUUUUGAAAAACCCCAGUAUGUCUCAGUCCUAAUGACUUUCCCAGAUAUUCCAAUGUCUCAGGUUUAUGGUGCUCCACACCUCCUCAGAUUAUUUGUGAAAAUUGGGAGUGCAUUGACCAAUUUUUGCCUAAAUAGGUGCAGUCUAAUAUUAGUGUCCGGAUAUAUGCAUGAUUUCCUUAAUUUCCUAGCAGAUAAUUCUACUUCUCUGUUUAGUGUCAACGAUUACAACAUGCCUUCUGCCUUAUAUUGUCUCAAAGACAUUUGACUGCUCUUUUAUGACCUAGACCA